AUAAAGCUUUCCCCUCCCUUCUACCUAGCCCUCUGACGACCUGUUCAGCGCUCAAUUCGUCUCUAUUGCCUAGACAAGUUGCGGAUCCGAUCUUCCAUUCCAGAUACUGCAACAAUUCACAAGGGACGCACAGGUGUUUACGAGGCGCUCCGAAGCUUCUCUUCUUCUUCUCUUCUGAUACAAUCGCUCCAUCACUUUAAUGAUUACUCCUUUGUAAUUGCGAGCAUAUCCUGCAACGUACACGUACAUCUAUUGCGGAACCUAGGGCGCACUUGGAACCGCGGAACGCGCAACAUGGCAGAAGACCCAAGCGUGCCCUCGAACGCGGCACAGUCUCCCCCACACAUAUACCGACCUAUUCCACGUCGAAAUUUCGAAACUACAACACACAACGAUUCUGCAGACUCACCAACGCACGCGUUCGCGCAAUCCACACCCCCGAGCGCGAACGAAACCAGCCGAUCCUCGGAUUUUCUCGCCCAGCUUAACGCUCGCUUACUACGAACAUACAAUUCUCGGAAUGACGACACAGAAGAGCAGGAGAAGGAGAAGGGUCCCCCGCCCCGGAACAAAAGCUUUUUGAAUAUGACGAGUAGUACGCUGUUUGGUAUUUACGAUGAUGUGGGCUCCGGCACAGCUGGCGAGAGGAGUAGGGCGGAGACCCCGUCAGGCUCAGGCGCGGAAACUCCGGCACAUUCUGGCAUGGGCCUACAUGCUUGGGAGACAGGCAUGGGAAGUCCGGAUGCGGGAUUGAGCAUGAAAAAUCAGGCGAGGAAACGGUCAGCGCAUGGCAAGGCCGAGGGGAAGGGGAAACGCCAUACGACGAAGCAUCCACGGCAAGGAGUGUGGAAGUACGCUGUCAUGCUGGGGAAGCUAUCAGCGCUCUAUUUAUUCGGCGUCACCUACGGUCUCAUCGUCUCGCAUCUGCACGAAACGAGGCAGCUCGCGGCUCUGCAUGUUGAGGGCGUUGAUCGAAGGAGCUGGAUAUACCUGGCUAGUUGGGGGUUAUUUGGCGUUGCGCUUGGCAGUCUACUACCAUACGUCGAUCUCAUAUGGGAUGGGCAGAAAGUGGAGAAAGAGAUGGAGAGGAGUGACUCUCCAAUUAGCGAGCAGAUCAACGAUGUUGUCAGGAGUGUGUGUGCUUUCGUAGGGAUCGCGUUCGCUAUUCGCCGUCUCCCCUGGCAAUCCACCCUCCAACUUACUCUCACACUCGCCCUCGUCAAUCCAGCACUGUGGUACAUACUCGACCGCAGCAAACCUGGACUCUCCUGCUCUCUCAUCGUAACUUCGGUUCUUACAUCCUUCAUCUUUCUCUCGAAUCCAGACGUACUACCUUCGCCAUCGCUGCCGGCGACUACCAACGUCACACAACUGCCUACAGAUAGUAGAAGUAGCAGCAUGGGAAACAAACAAAACACGGCGACUGUGGGCCAGGAGCUUUUUGCGGGUAUGGUUAGCUACGAGACUUUAGCUAUUGUAACGUGGGUGGGUAGUGUGCUGUUUUGUAGUUGUGUCUGCUUUGGCAGCAUAGGGAGGAGGCUGGCAGUACUCGAGGAGUCAGGGUGGAAGAGACAAUGAUACCCACAAGUCGAGGUUAGGAUGACCACCUUUAGUGUUGGAUCUUGGACUGGUUACGGACGCUCAUUCUUGUAUGGCUGAUACGACAGAUUCGAAGCCCGGUAUUUUGUUAAUGGACGGCCUCAUUAUUAAAGAGACCUCCACAGUAGGGCUUUAAAAAUGCACAGGCAGAUCUCUCCUUUUAUCUUGCGCUUUCUUCUAGCGACUCCUAACUUGAAGGUCAUUUCAUCUCUUCUAUAUCUCCCAGUCGGAGCCACAAAGGCGUCAAGAGGCUCGUUUGUCAAAAUUAUGCGCAGGCAAGCAAACGUCAGCGUUUGAUAAAACGCC